AUGACUCCGACAUCGGUCACCUCAAGCCAGAAAAAGUCCCUAGCGGUGUGGAAGCUGCAUGAGGUUAAGGCAGGUACAAGUAGCAUUUCCAACGUGGCACAACGCAAACAUCCCGUCAUAUCCAACUCAUAUACUCAUGAAAUAAUACAUCCAAAUCCAAAUCCAAGUAUCAAGGAUGCACAUCUCAUAAUGUCAUCCGAGUACCCAGACCCAUUCAUAAUCCACCCCGAGAAGCAUGAGAAUACGCUGGUUUUGUUGCAUGGAACGUCUAUGACUGGGGAGAGUCUGGCGGAUGCAUUUCUCAAUUAUCCUAUCCCAAUCUCAUCAGCUUCCCAAACCACCUCACCAACUCCCCUUACCACAACACACACAACCCUCCCCCUCAUCUUCCCAACCCUCCGCCUCGUCUUCCCAACCGGAAAACAGAGAACCACAACCGUAUUCAACGGCGCACUAACAAACGCAUGGUUCGACAUCCACGCUUUCCAUGACCGGACGAUUGGGGAGGUGGAGGCUUGUGUGGGGGUUAGAGAGUCGCUUGCUUUUUUACAUUCGUUGCUACUCUCUGAGAUCUCGUUGCUGGAUCAGAACGAAGGAGCAGGCGGAGAAGGAGGUGGGAAAGGAGGCAUAGUAAUUGGCGGCUUCAGUCAAGGCUGCGCGAUGCUCGUCAUGCUCCUACUCUCUGGGCUCUUAGAAUCUACCGGUAUAAAAGGACGGGUGAAAGGGUUUGUGGGUAUGAGUGGGUGGAUGCCAUUUCGUCUCCAGAUCCAAGACGUACUUUCCUCUUCGCACUCUGGGAUUCAGGAUAGGAGAGGGGUUGCUUGUACGGCGUUGCAUGGGAUCUUAGGGACGGAGGGUCAGGAGGGGGUGAGUGCGAGUGUCGAUGUGCCGAUGUUUUUUACGCAUGGAGUUGAGGAUCAGAAGGUGAAGAUGGAGUGGAGUAGGGAGAUGACGGAGGUGUUGAGGGGGGUUGGGGCGGAGGAGGUGGAGAUGGUUGAGAUGGAGGGGGUUGGGCAUUGGUUUGGGGAUGAGGGGAUGGUUGGGUUGGUUGGGCUUUUGAGGAGGGUUUUGGCACGAGAGGAAGUUUAA